GGCAAGUUCCGGGUUGGCUAAAGUUUACUUGGUCUCUGCCAUUUAAAUGGAAAACCUUCUGGUCUAUGGCAGUCUGAGUGCUGGUCACCUCAUCAAUCUCUUUUACCAUUCUCACCUGGUCAUGUUGUGGCUGGACUUCCCAAUCUGUUUGGAUGCUUUGUAACUGUUGCUCCAGCAGAGACUUCAUCUCUGCCUGCAGGUCAUCCUUCUGUAACACCUCCAGAUGCUGCUUUCAUUCCUUCUGUGAAGCCUCCAGCUUCUGUUUUAGGUCUUGUUAUAAAUCUCACUGCUCAUUUUUUAUUUCUGCAAGUACCUCCAUUAUUUGCUCUAUCUUGGUUCAACAGCCAUACCAGUUUACACACUCUCUUGCCUCAGAAACUGACUCCCAUGUCUAACACCAGAGUUUCCUCUUUUUGACCGGAACCAACUAGUCAAAUUUUGGAGCCCUGGCGAAGUUCCACUUGGAAGCAGAAACUGAUAGCAUCUGGUAUUCUCUUUGAUGUAAUCUUGUUUAUUUACAAGAAAUGUACAAAGUCCUGCUUCUCAGAACACAGGAAGAACUAAAAACAAAAGCAGCAGUUUCUUAAUUUACAGUCCCAAAGCCUCUUUAGCCAACACCAGACCAAAAUCUCUCUAGCUUUUUCCAGGGUAACACUGUGCUUGCAGGCUACUGCUUGGCUUUCUUCCUUUUUGACUCUGCCUCUCUCUCUCUGUUCUCAGGUUCUGCAUGUUCUCUCUCACACCUGGUUACAAUACCCAGUAGAAUUAACCCACACUCACAUGGUACUAGUUUCUGGGCAGACUCUAAUAGGCCUUGUUUUAGGGGUAGCCCCUUAAUCAUCUCUUACAAAUAACUUAAUUGAAGGGUGUUUUCAUACAUCAAUUUGAAUGAGGUUUUAACUCAACCCACAACAAGGUUUCCCCUGGUUCACUGGGGUGUUGAGACUAAAUUAAUUGAUGAUUCUACCACACUUUAAGCUCCUCAGAUAAAGGAUGCAAUAGAAGUGCAAAGCUAUAUAUUUAAACAGCCUAAUCUCUUCUCUGGAAAGAUGGAGAUGAUGCUGGUUAUGGUACAUCUUCCAGUACCACACUGUUAGAUACCCCCCGCCCCUUUUGAUCUUCCUACCAUAGUUUCAUCCUCAGAUUAGUUUGGCAAUACCAGAACUUUACAUUUGCCUGCGAAGUUUGUGGAUUAAAAUGGCCAAACCUGUUUUACUACUUCUAAGUGCACAGCUUUACUUGGCAAAGUAGCUCUUGUGAAAAUGAGGUUGGGUAGUUGCAUAGCCGAAUUUCCCACAGAGUUGCCACUGGCCAUUAUGUAUUUAAUGCUUUAUGUGGCCUCUUGCAAACACAUUAGAAAAUAAAGUCCCUACCCUGCAAAGCUUACAGUCUGACUGCAAGAGAUAGAAUGUAAUGAAAUGGAGGCAAGAAUCAGCACAAAAUGUGCUGGAGACCUCAGACCUAAGGUAACCUCAUUAGGAACACAGACAGUGUUUUAAUGUGAACAGCACUGAGCAUUUUGCAUCUCCAAGGCACUUUUACAAACUAUCAACAUCAGCCUGAGCUUGCAAAAUUCUAUUCAUCCACAUGUUUUUGUGUUUGUUUUUUAAUACAGGAUAUACGAUAUCACGAGCUUUUUCAUCACCGUGGUAAAGAGCAGGGGGAGCACAUUUGUGCAUAGGCUGGUAAAUUUUUAGGCGUAUUCUGAACGAGUAAAUUAAAUUAUUAUAAAUAGCUUAAUGUUUAUUUAGUGGAGGAUUUAAAAAAAAACUGGUUUCAUUAUAGCUUCAGUGAGAGCUCAGGUCCUAGAUAGCGUGGUUGUAAAUAAAGGAUCCUAUCCUUUGUCGUCAUCCCCCUCGAAGUCAGUGGCAGCUUUGCCAUGGACUUUCAGCCUUCCACCCACUCACCCUUCCGCAACCUCUGCCACCCCAGGGCUCUGGUAAGUUGUAACCCGUGCAUGGCUUGUGCAUGGCUUGCGCUUCCCCCCUCCCGCACCGCGCAGACUUUAACCGGGAACUCCACAGAGGCAGGGGAAGCGUUUCAACGUUCCACGGGCGCCCCCUUCGAGGAGCAGCCCCGCGCCACCAGCGUUCUGUGGGCGGAACCCUCCGUGUACGAACGUUCUCCCGGUGGAACGCCAAGCAGCAGCCCCGCGCCACCAGCGUUCUGUGGGCGGAACCCUCCGUGUACGAACGUUCUCCCGGUGGAACGCCAAGCAGCAGCCCCGCGCCACCAGCGUUCUGUGGGCGGACCCCUCCGCUGGACGAACGUUCUCCCGGUGGAACGCCGAGGAGCAGCCCCGCGCCACCAGCGUUCUGCGGGCGGAAUCCGCAGCAGGAGCAGCCCCCAGUGUAAGCGCGUUCCACCGCGGGGGGCAGAGGCGCAAGGCCCGGGGAGUGGCUGACCGAGUGGCUGAUAGGAGGCGCUACACCGCCCACCACCCUUAGCUCGGCUCCUCCUCCCCGCCGCCCGGCCUGCUGUUGACAAACCAGGUGCGGGGAGAGUCCCGCUGGGCAUCGGCUGCUGGCGCUCCGGGAGCCCUUCGCCCGGCAGCUGUCAGCGCCCAGCCGCGAGCGGGGCGAGCCGGGGCAGGGCACUCCGCCGAGCUCAUGUGGCAAACGCUGGCGAUCGCGUCGGUGUUUUUCCCGGGUCUCUUCGCUCUGUGCGUUCGGAGUCUUGGCUGGGCUGCCCCGGCAUGGAGCCUCAAGGACCGGAUCCUCCUCAGCAGCAGGCUGGUGUCUUCUGUUCAAGCUACCAUGGCUACUGUUUCUGGGAUCAUUGUUGUCCUUAAUUGCAAGGAUGUGGUACGUGACAGGUACUGGCUCGCAGUAGAGUACGUUUGGGUCAUCGUCCCAUACAUGAUCUACGACAUAUACGUCAUGUAUCUCUGCCAUUGGCACAAAAGCAAAGACACCUCGGAGAAGAAGCAUUCACUGGCCAGCAUGAGGAGCUUCCUGGAAAAGGAUCGCCUCAUGGUGACGCACCAUCUCUUCAUUCUUGUUGUCCUCACACCCGUCGCGCAGUACCUCAGAGGAGAGCUUGGAGAUUUCUUUGUUGGUUGCAUCUUUGUGGCGGAACUGAGCACUCCGUUCGUGUCACUGGGCAAAAUCCUGAUGCAGCUAAAAAUGCAGGACACGCUCCUGCACAAGGUGAAUGGGAUUCUCAUCCUGGUGACGUUCUUCCUCUGCCGGAUCGUCCUCUUCCCAUUCAUGUACAGGGCCUACGCCAGGCAUACGGGGAUUCCCAUCUACAUGGUGCCUUUCCACAUCCCCAUGCACUGCAACGUGGCCAAUGCCUCUCUCAUCGCCCCACAGCUCUACUGGUUCGUGCUGAUCUGCAGGAAAGCUGUCCGACUCUACAGCAGUUCGCCGUCCGACAAGAAUAGAUAAUCGCCGGCAGAGGCUGCAGACCACAAGGUUUGAGACUAAGCCAGCAUCCUGGCUCUUCUCCCAGCUGCCUUGCCAUUAAAAUCAGUGUUGUAGAUACCAGGUUGGGACCGGAACAUCAUUGCCCAUUAGUAUUAGGAGGCUCCUUUACUUUAAAGCAGCUGUAUUGUCUCCGCUGCAGUUCAGGGAAGCAGCACCAGCCUGUUACAGAAGGACGUUCUUUCUGUAACACUCAAGUGUCCUGUGUCCUUCUGUCUGCGGGAGAACCUGGCUAGUGGGAGGGUUAUGUAGGUGAAGCACUAAAGAGCCUCGCUGUGGUCAGACUCUCUAGCUAUUGGUCAAUGAAAUGCUAAAGGGGAGAGAGGGGAGGCAAGAGGGUUGGUUAUAAAUAUUCCAGUCAAUUAGUAGGUGAAAUUGGCAUUGAAAGACUAUGGCACAGACCCAGACCUGGCAGAAGUGGGUGCAAUGCCCACAGAAGAUGCUGGGCCAAAUUCAGUGCUGGGUGUAACCUGUGGGGGUGGGGGGUGUCACUGGUGUGAUCUGACCAUCUGUAGUUGUGGAAAACCAGUGUGUCACACAUACUGAGGGGCAGGUUCACCUCGCUCAGGUUCUGAGUUAUUCUGAUUUACACCCUUCCAGCUCAGAGCAGAAUCUGGCCCUGAGGGAACAGAAAAGGGGGUGACGUUCUGAACCGUCUACUCCCCUUACACUGCUCUUGUGCCAUGGCUGAAUUUGGUCCAUUGCCCCUGGGGAAGUUUCUAGUUGCUGCUAAGCACGAGUUUGUCCCUUGGCCACGCUCCAUGCAGACCCAAGUGCAGUGUUUCCCCAGGUCUGUGAUUACCCAACCCACUAACUCAGCCCUGGCGAAAAGAACCAGAGAGAAGAAACUGGAGCUAGGAAUUAUAGGUGAAAUGCAACAAGCUGCUAGAGGUGGCAGCACCAGAACAGUGGUCACUGACUGACACCCCUAGUCUAGUCCUAUGCCCCCUUACACCAGUGCUGACUUGGGCCCACAGUAUCUGCUGCACUGACUAAUUGUUUCCCCUGACCCUGCUUAUUACCACACCCUCUGCAAGACCAGCCCCAGACUGCAGCACUUUGCUUAAGGCCGAGAACCAGAUCUUUCUUUAUAACCGUGGACUAAAGACCCUAGCAGGCGCACAAGCAAAACGCCAACCACUCUGAGCACACACCCCUGAUGGACAAUCACCAUAUGCACAAGAAACACCAGGACAGUCACCAGCUCUUUGUAACCUUGGGUGCCAGCACUAACGGGCUGCAUUCGUCCCUGGAGAAUAACUCCACAGAAGUGAGUAGCUCCACCAGGGGCGAACCUGGCCCUUACCUAUCUGUGGAGCAGGGAGUUUACAAAGGAUAGGCUGCCUUGUAGCUUUUAUUCAGCGGCUGGGGAAGAGCUGAAGACUGUGUUUGAAAGCACUUAGCUCUCCGAAUCCCAAUUCCAUCAGGCCUUACCCCGGACAUAGUCACAUGUUCCUGGAAGAAUAAAGGAAUUGGCUCUUUCCAAGCUUCGCUCUAACAACGCGUCACUGCAAUGACUGUCGGAUUAGUAACGUGUUUUGUUUUUAUUAUUAUUAACUACACAGGCCAGUCAGACGGGUGGGUUUCCACUUUGUAACAUGCUCUCAGUGUUGCAGGCAUUUUUAUCUUGCUGUUUUUGUUACAAAUAAUUUGCCUUAUGUAACAGAAAGGAAAAAAGCCCUUGAGGCAUUUUAAAGUUUGCACUAACAUUGUCCCUACUCACUACUACGCCUGUCGGAAGAGAGACCAAUAAAGACCUCUUUUCAGAGCCA